GCGGGUUGGAUGUCUGGAGAUGGGUCUCGCGCGGAGCAGCCGGUGUGUCUGAAUGUGUUUUCCAGUGUCGGGACAUUACCUACCGGCCGGGGAGGAUCGGUUCUGGGCAGGCGGGCUGAGCAGGAUUUGGUGAAGGUGUGCGAGGAAGGUGUGGAGGAGAUGGUUCCUUCAGCAGGAUGGACCGGAACAAAGUGGUGCCCGGGCUCUUGCCCUGCUGUGUGCUCCUCGCGCUGUGUGUGUGUGCAGAGGUCACAGAAGGUGGACACUUGAAUAUUUUGCAGAGUUCAGCUUCCCUCUCCUGUUCCAAGGGCUUUACAGAACUGGGCUACUAUAACGGCUCAGUUUCCCUCACGGACUCAGGCCUCCCCUGUCUGAAAUGGACAGACUUUCCAGACUACAUGCGGCAGUACCCAGGCCGAGGCCUGGGGGAGCACAACUUCUGCCGAAAUCCAGACCGAGAGACCAAACCCUGGUGCUUCUUCAGGCAGAGCUCCGGGGCCAUUGGCUGGGCCUACUGUGACUGCCAUCAGGGGGCAGCAAGAUUGGUGGGGGGGUCAUCAGCAAACAGUGGUCGUCUGGAGGUCUAUCUGAAUGGCAAGUGGGGGUCAGUGUGUGACACACAUUGGACCGACCGUGAUGCCAGCGUCAUAUGCAGACAGCUGGGACUGGGUGAGAUCGGUACAGCCCUGCAGCAUUCCUACUUCGGCCCAGGUUCGGUCUUCCACUUUGAGCGUCUGGGUUGCUGUGGUAAUGAGAAAUCCUUACUGGAAUGUCGAAACAGGAAGUUUGUCACCAGUGACUGCAACCAUGGCAACGAAGCAGGGGUGGUUUGUGCUGAACCUGAAGGUGCUGGCAUCCCUCUGAGGCUGGUCGGAGGUCUGCAGGACUUUGAGGGCCGUGUCGAGGUGUACCAUAAUGGCAAGUGGGGAACCAUUUGUGAUAACCAGUGGGAUGACACUGAUGCUGAGGUGGUGUGCCGACAGUUGGGCCUGGGGGGUGUGGCCAAGGCGUGGACACGGGCCCACUUCGGCCAAGGUGAUGGUCCCAUCCUCGUGGAUGGAAUUCAGUGUACAGGCAAUGAACUCUCUCUGGAGGAGUGUCCUCAUAACAACUGGCAGCAACACAACUGUGACCACACGGAAGACGCUGGGGUGUCCUGCAAUCCUUACACAGCAGAUGGUGCAGUUCGUCUAGUUGGAGCAGACAGUCACUGGGAGGGCCGCGUCGAGAUUUACCACCAGGGAGAAUGGGGCACCGUGUGUGAUGACAACUGGACCGAACUCAACGCCCAGGUAGUGUGUAGACAACUGGGCUUCAGGGGCCAAGCGGAGGUGGCUCCUGAUGGGAUGUAUGAAGAAAGUCAGGGGUUGAUCCUGCUGGAUGAGGUGCAGUGUCGAGGAACAGAAACCAGUUUACUGGCCUGCAGCCACUCUGAGUGGGGCCAACACGACUGCUCCCACAGUGAGGAUGUGGGUGUCCGCUGUGACAGGGGAGGUGAAACCAAUGAGAUACCAGGCCUUUUGCCUUCUGUUGGCCCUUUGGUGCGUUUGGUUGCUGGAGAGAGCAGGAAGGAGGGGAGAGUGGAGGUGUUCAUGAACGGCCAGUGGGGAAGUGUGUGUGAUGAUGGCUGGAAUGAUGUCAACUCUGCUGUGGUUUGCAAGCAGCUUGGAUUCAGUGGUGUGGCUAAAGCUCGCUCUAUGGCGUACUUUGGUGAAGGUCAAGGUCCGAUUCAUCUGGACAAUGUUCACUGCUCAGGCACAGAGAUGUCCUUAGGCCAGUGUGCGGCUGUAGGUCAAGAUAACCACGACUGUCGCCACAGUGAAGAUGCAGGCGUCAUCUGUGACUACACCCUGGAUCCUGUGGGAGAUGCUGCUGCCGCCAUGCAGACCUGCGGCCUGAGGCUCAAUAACCAGAGACGUAGACGCAGGAUCAUAGGAGGAGAUAAGUCCCUGAGGGGUGAGUGGCCGUGGCAGGUGUCUCUGUGGCUCAGGUCUCAGUCUAAAGGAAAUCAUCCGCUGUGUGGAGCAUCACUCAUUAACCCCUGCUGGGUUGUGACUGCCGCACACUGCUUUAAGAGGUUUGGCAGAGACCCGAGCCGCUACGUGUUGCGCCUGGGUGACUACCACACUGAGGAGCAGGAUGACUUUGAACGCACAUUGUCACCUGAACGCAUCGUUAUCCACAGAAAGUACCGCAGCCAGGGCUGGGAGAACGACAUUGCUCUGCUGCGGCUCAAAGGCACAGAGGGCAACUGUGUGGCAUUCAACCCCCACACAGGAGCAGUGUGUCUGCGAGAGCUUGGCAACAAGUGGGAGAAGAGACCUGCUGCCUGUGUGAUCACCGGAUGGGGCAUCACAGACUCAGAGUACCCCCGCACUCUGCUGCAGGCCUGGGUCCCCCUGCUGCCAGCCUGGAAGUGUAAGAAGCGAUACGGCGGCCGCUUCACUAGCCGCAUGCUAUGUGCCGGGAGCGUAUCGGAGCACCACCGCGUGGACAGUUGCCAGGGGGACAGCGGGGGUCCGCUAGUUUGCCAGGGGCAGGGGGGCCGCUGGGUGCUGACAGGAGUCAUCUCCUGGGGUCAUGGCUGUGGUAACCCCUCAUUCCCCGGGGUGUACACGCGUGUUAGCAGGUUCCUACGAUGGAUUGACAAGGUCAUCAGCAAACCCUACAAGACCUGAUGAUGGAUAAAAACACGUAACCGCUUUUUACAGUCGGUAACAUACGCUUCUCUACACCGAGUUCAUUUAUACAGACCUGUUGCACGGCUCUUUUUAUCCACAUGCAGCACAAUCUAACCUCACAGCUAAAAUGCACCACUGCAACCAAAACGCUCGAUACGCAAUAAGACCAAUAACAACAACAAUGCUAUUUUAACUUAUUUAUUCAUUUGUUAGGCAGAAGUUUAACAACAACAAAAAGAAGGGCACUUCUUUAUGCACAAACUGACUGUGCUACCUGACAACAGAUGACACAAAACAUGAACAUGAACAGAGAAAACAGCCAAUCAGAAUAUGUCUUAUUGAGACGUCACAUCCAACAUGGAUCCUAACAUCUAAUUUAGACCACAAAAUGUAUACUUUUAUGUUGAAGAAGAUCUAUGAAGCAGUGGAAAAAAGGCGAUGAGCAACUGAGUAAGAAAUGUAACACAAACUGUGAGAAAUUAAUCAAUUUACAAAAUUAUUUUAA